AUGGCAGAGGUUUCUCUGACAACUGAGGAUCCACUUUGCUGUCCAGUCUGUCUGGAGCUCCUGAAGGAUCCAGUGACUAUUCCCUGUGGACACAGUUACUGUAUGAACUGUAUUAGGUACUACUGGGAUCAGGAUGAUCAGAGAAGAGUCUACAGCUGCCCCCAGUGUAGACAGAAUUUCACCCCAAGACCUGUCCUCAAUAAGAACACAACACUGGCUGAACUGGUCGAGAAAAAGAGGAAGAUACGACUGCAAGCUGCUCAUCAUGCUGUCUGUUAUGCUGGACCUGGAGAUGUGGAGUGUGACAUCUGCACUGGGAGAAAACUCAAAGCUGUCAAAUCUUGUCUGGUGUGUCUUGUGUCAUUUUGCGAAACUCACCUUCAGCCUCACUAUGAAUCUCCUGCUUACGAGAAACACAAGCUGGUCGAAGCUUCCUCGCGACUUCAGGACAGGAUCUGCUCACAACAUGACAAACUAAUGGAAAUUUACUGUCACACUGACCAAAAAAUGAUCUGUUAUUUGUGUACAAUGGAUGAACACAAAGGUCAUGAUACAGUCUCAGCAGCAGCUGAAAGGACUGAGAAACAGAAACAGCUCAGAGAGGCCCAGAUAAAAUCCCAGGAGAGAGUCCAGGAGAGAGAGAAGGAGCUGCAGGAGCUGAAACAGACUGUGACGUCUCUCAGGAUCUCUGCACAGACAGCAGUGGAGGACAGUGAGAGGAUCUUUACUGAGAUGAUUGACUUCAUUGUGAGAAAGUGCUCUGAGGUGACAGAACAGAUCAGAGCGAAGGAGAAGACUGAAGUGAGUCUGGCUGAAGAUCACAUGAAGAAAGUGGAGCAGGAGAUUGCUGAGCUGAGGAAGAGAGAAACUGAGCUGGAACAGCUUUCACACACAGAGGAUCACAUCCAUUUCCUCCAGAGUUUCCAGUCUCUCUCUGUUCAGUUCAAUUAUAAAUACUUAUCCAGCAUGACUGUCAAUCCAGUCUUCUCUUUUGAGGAUGUGAAAAAAUCUGUCUCUGAAAUGAAAAAGAGUCUGGAGGAAUUCCUUACUGAGGAGAGACUCAAGAUACCAAAAGAAGGGAGACGCCAUGGACAGGUGGCCAGUCUAUCGCAGAUCUCCACGGAUACUGCGAUUUUUCUGUCUGCUGAGCCAAAGACCAGAGAGGAAUUUUUACAGUAUUUCUGUCAGCUUACACUGGAUCUCAACACAGCACAUAGAAACCUUUGUCUGUCUGACUGGAGCAGAAAGGCAAUAUGGACACAUACAGCUCAGUCAUAUCCUGAUCAUCCAGACAGAUUUGAUGAGUGUUGGCAGAUUCUCUGUAGAGAGAGUUUGUCCAGAUGCUGUUACUGGGAGGUUGAGUGGACUGGAAUGGUUUCUAUAGCAGUGUCAUAUAAAGGCAUCAGCAGGAAAGGAGAAGGGAAUGAGUGUAAAUUUGGACACAACGAUCAGUCCUGGAGUUUGGACUGUUCUCGCUCCAGUUACACUUUCAGACACAUUAAUAACGACACUGAAAUCCCAAUAAAUCCCAGCUGUUCCAGAGUAGGAGUGUAUCUGGACCACAGGGCAGGAACUCUGUCCUUCUACAGCGUCUCUGACACAAUGACCCUCCUCCACAGAGUCCAGACCACAUUCACUCAGCCCCUCUAUGCUGGAUUUUGGUCAGGCAUUUGGAGUUUUGGAUCCAUUCAGAUUUUAGAUCUUUGA